AGCGGCAGCCGUGUGGAGCCCCGGGCCGGGCGGGCUGAGGAGCCGCCGCCAUGGUGUUUUACUUCACCUCCAACGUUGUUCCUUCCGUUUACACCAUUUACAUGGGAAAAGAUAAGUACGAAAAUGAAGACCUAAUAAAGUAUGGCUGGCCUGAAGAUAUCUGGUUUCAUGUGGAUAAGCUCUCUUCCGCACACGUAUACCUUCGGUUACACAAGGGGCAGACGGUGGAUGACAUUCCUAAAGAAGUUUUGAUAGACUGUGCCCAUCUAGUGAAGGCGAAUAGCAUUCAAGGUUGCAAGAUGAACAACGUCAACGUGGUGUACACGCCGUGGACUAACCUGAAGAAGACUGCGGACAUGGAUGUGGGGCAAAUCGGCUUUCACAGGCAGAAGGAUGUGAAAAUGCUGACAGUGGAGAAGAAGGUGAAUGAGAUCCUGAACCGGCUAGAGAAGACAAAAGUGGAGCGCUUCCCAGACCUGGCUGCUGAGAAGGAAGCCCGGGACAGAGAGGAGAGGAAUGAGAAGAAAGCCCAGAUCCAAGAGAUGAAGCGGAAGGAAAAGGAAGAGAUGAAGAAGAAGAAAGAGCUGGAAGAACUUAGGAGCUACUCGUCGUUAAUGAAGGCUGAGAACAUGUCCUCCAAUCAGGAUGGCAACGAUUCAGAUGACUUUAUGUAAAUAAAGACUCUCUCCUUUCUCAAUCAUGAGGUGGUUUGGGAUGUCUUAAUAUGUCACCAUCGCUAAGAAUGCCAAAAAAAACCCCAAAAAAGUGAACUCUGACUCCAUUUCUUCAGGACCUGCUUGGUUCUCCCGGCAGCCUGACCAGCUCUGCCACGGACAACUUCUGAAGGGAGAAGAUCUAUAUGUCUGCACAUACAUCUCUUUUUUUCAGGGACGUGGGUGGAAGGAAGCAGAAUUGACUUUCAGUUCUAUAAAGACAAUGAUAUUUAUUCUAGGGAAGGGGUUGCUGUAGCUUUUAAUCCAACGAGAUUUAAAGAAAAGAAACCAAAUCGUGCUGUCUCACCGCUGUCCUGGCAGCGGAGUGACUUGGAAACGGUUGCCGUUAACUCGGUGUCACCGGUAUGUAAACAAACGCGACGCUGCCGACUGCGUAACUCUUCUCUUCGCGCUGGCGAUGCUCGGCAAAGCUGGGGAAUCCCUCUACAAUUUGAGGGGUGUACAGUUUGGACAAGCUCACGGCUGCUUUGCAGACCUCCCCAGCCCUUGCUGGCAGUAAAUCUGGUGGCUCCUCAUUAAAUACAGAGCUGCAGAUGAUGAAGAUUGAGCUCAGCUGAUGUUGCGGCCUAUGUGAGCGUGUGACCACGGGCUGUGAUACAUGCCUUCAGCACAGAAGGAGAAUAGCCCCCACGGUGUAUUUUCUUCUAAAUUACGCUUGAUUCCCGGGCUGUUCCUUGGAAACCUUCUCUGGAGAGAGAAGUUUGUGAAGAAGAGUUGAGUUUUGCGCAGCGGCUACGCCUGUCCGGGUCAGAGCUCUUGCCCGAGCGCUCCGUAAGGUUUUGUGGCUAAGUCUGUAUGAGACGGUUGUGGUAAUCCUUGCAGCCCCUGUAUAUACGUCACGAUUAA